AGCUGCGAUGAGCUUCCCGGGGCGAACGGGGUGGACUGGGGUCCCCAGCGGACGGGGUCUCGGCCUCCUGCUCUGGUUUUUCCUGCCGGUCUGUGCUACAGCAAGCUGCAGCCGUGAGUUCAGAGAUGCUCUUUCACUUUACUACAAUUUCUCCAUCACAUCUUUGGCUAGACCUGGACAACCGUGGUGUGAGAUUCAAGGCCAGGUCAAUGGAAACAAGUUUCUUUACUAUGCCUGUGGGACAAAGCGGGUCAUACCCGUCGGUCCUUGGGGGAUGAAGCUGAAGGACACAGCAUUCUGGGACACACAGAGGGAACCUCUGGAGGACCUGGGGGAAGAGCUCAGAAAGAAACUGCUGGACAUUAGAGCAGAGUUUGUCACUAAGAGCAAUUCUCUCACCCUGCAGGUCAGCCUGAUGUGUGAGCGUGGGGCCCACGGACACAGCAGAGGAUCCUGGCGGUUUGUCUUCACUGAACAGUUAAUCUACCUCUUUGACCCGGAGAACAGAAAGUGGAUAGAGAUUUCUCCUGGAGGCCAACAGGUUAAGGACAUGUUGGACGGUGACAGAGAGCUGACCGAGCUCCUCAUGAAGAUCGCAAACGGAGACUGUAAGAGAUGGCUCCAGAAACUGCGGGAGCACAGCAAUGAGAUGCAGGAGACCACAGGAGCACCGGCCACAACCCCGCCUAUAGCUCUGGUCAAAGGUGCAGCCAUCAGGCUGCUCACUUCCGUCCUCCAUGUGGUCCUCACGUACUCAAUCCUCCUUGUUGUCCAAGGCAUGGUCCUUUGAGUAACAGGUACUGUGGGCAUAACUGAGUCAGAAGUGAGAGGCAGAUGGCCCGAGGUGAGCACAGAGAAAUGGGAAUGGCCAGCCCUUGUCCUAUUGCUCUUGUGGCCAGAACUGUGUUCCCUCACAUUCACAUGUAAAGCCCUACCUUCCCCAGUAUCACAGAAUGUGACCAUAUUUAGA